GCUUCGUAUGUGCUCCGUAGUGCCGCCGCUUGGUCGCAACAUAAAAUCGCGAGUUAUUUUGUCAUCUUUAGAAGCGCGUGAAUUACAAAGAGUGCAUAGAAAAACCGUACGCAGAUAUUCGAGUGCACUGAUAAGUGGUGAUAGCGUGUGAAGGAAAAGCUGUGUUGACACGAUAUAGAACAGUGAAUCCUGCCUGUGUGCCUGUUUGUGUUUGUUUCUGCAUCCGUUUGGUGGAUACAAUUGGACUGAAAAAAAGCAUCGCCAUCGGAAUCCCUUCGUUGAUGUGCUUGUAGUGGAACCGUUUGCUAGUGGCACGGACUCUGGUAGUAGUACACAGAGAAUACCCCAAGCAUCGAACUCCGGUAAAACCGUUACGGAACGGUCUAGGCUCCUACGCUACGUCAGCGCUGAACGGCGGAUAGACAGGACAAAGGACGCAGUGAUUAGCGAUCAACCGCCAGUACUAGUAGCAGCGGCAACAGCAUGGGUGAAACCGACGAGAAGGAGACAACGCCGACGGCGGCAACAACAAACGGUGGAUCGGGCGAGAAGCCGGAAACACCGCAAACGACAACCAACGAUGGCCCCGAGGUAGAGUCGAAGGAAACGGAGAAACUACUCGGCGAGGACAGUGCUGCGACCGGUGCUGCUGGCAGGAAGAACAAGAGCACCGAGAACGUGGCCGAGAAGGAUGGUGGCGAGGAGAUUGUCAAUUUGCCGGAAGCAAAGGACAAGGACGGUCAGAAUGGAGAGCAACCACCGAAAGAAACCACCGGUUCGGAUGAACCGAAAUCGGACAAACCGAACAAGGUACAAGCGGAGGAGCGUGAGGUAAAACCGAAAAAGGUACCGGCCGGUGCGUUCAAGCUGCCCGGUUUCUUCAACAAGAACAAAGAGAAGACGAAGGAAGCGGACGGUGCCGAUAACGAGCUGCUGGAGAAGGGUGGCGAAAAUGGAGCAGACCAGGGCACGGAGAAGGGUGCCGAUGGUGGUGAGACAAAGGGCACAACGGAGGAGAAACCAAAGCGUACCGGUGGAUUUUUCGCGAACCUAAAGCUACGCAAUCCAUUCGCCAAGAAGCCGGUGGCCAGUGCGGGGCAGGAUGAUGUCGAAGCUGGCCCAAAGGGAACCGAUGGCCCGGAGGAAGAGGAGAAGGAUGAAGUGACGGCGGAAGCAACGGACAAACCGAGCGUCGAGGGUGAUGCCGAUGCGGAAACGAAGAAACCGGAAGCCACCGCAGAAGCUGGCACCGAGGAAGCUCCGGUACCGAAGCGAGGCCUCCUGGAUGCUCUCCGUGUUCCACUGGCCAGUAUCAUCCCGAAACGGUUUAAACCGGUUGCGAACGGAGAACCGGAUGAUGAUAUUGAACUGGGCAAAACACCGAAGAACCGAGCCGGACUGGCCUCGAUGGAAACGUUGGACGAUUCGCUGAAAGAUACGGAAACAAAGGAUGGUGUGGAUGGUGCCAAGACCGGGGCCAACGGUACCGAUGGUGAGACGCUGGUGAAACCGGACGACAAGGAAGCAAAGGAUAAAGCGGCCGAAGCGGAAGAGGAUGCCCAGGAGCGCAGUAUGUUGCAGCGAAUUCAGGGGUACCGGUGUUCCGUUGAUGAUAUUGCCAUCAUUGCGGGGAUUGCGAUCUUCGUUGUCCUCGUGGCACUGAUCGUGGCCUUUACGUUCAUCGGAAAAGGUGAACCGAUUACUGCGCCGGUCCGUGAUGGCAAGUACAUCGAAACGGUAACCACGUGUGGCCGCGUAGAGGGUAUUCUGGAGGAUGGUUCGUUCGCUUUCCGGGGUAUCCCGUAUGCGGUGCCACCGACGGGCGAGAAUCGUUGGAAACCGGCACAACCGAUCGAAAGCAUCGAGCACUGUUGGAAUGGGACGCUGAAGGCACACAACUCGACCCCGGUCUGUUGGCAGUUCUAUGCCGAUGGGAAGGUGGAUGGUGCUGAGGACUGCUUGACGCUCGAAGUCAUUACGCCGCAUGUCCGUUACGAUAAUCCACUGCCCGUCGUUGUACUGAUCGGAGCCGAGUCCUUCACUGGGGAUUCUCCCGGUAAACUGCGCCCCUCGACACGAUAUGCCCGGUCCCGUGAUGUGAUUUUUGUGCGCCCGAACUUCCGGUUGAAUGUGUUCGGAUUCCUGGCAGUGGAGCAACUGACCAAGCGUGUCCAUCCACCGACCUCCGGUAACUACGGUCUGACGGAUCUGAUUGCGGCGCUCAAGUGGAUUCAGCUCAACAUUCCGCACUUUGGUGGCGAUCCCAAAUCGGUCACACUGUUCGGUCAUCGUGCCGGUGGUACGCUGGUUACGGCGCUCGCUUCUUCGAACAAAACCUCGAAGCUGUUCGCACGUGCCUGGGUGUCCUCAGGUGCUUCGAUUUUCCCCGGCAAACCGUUGGCUGACUCGGAGAAGGAGAAUGCACUCUACGUGAACAAGAUCCGCUGCACAACCGCCGACUGUCUGCUGGAGAAGGAGGACGAAGAGAUUCUGGAUGCCGUGCCGGAUGUUUGGCGCCGUACCUUCCCCGAUCUGCCGACGGUUAGCGAGCAGCAGCAGCAGAAUGGCAACGGUACUGGUGCCGGUGGUGCUGCCAGUCACGAGUGGCUCGUACUGGACGGAGACAUCCUGCAGCAGCAUCCGGCCGAUGUGUGGAGCACGGACGUUUCGACCAACGUACGGUACGUGAUCGGAUCGACGAUACACGAGGCACACAACACGAAGCUGCAGCUCAAGUACAGCGAGUGGACUCCGGAGCUGGUGACGAAACACGUGAACGAGAGUGUCAUCGGGCAGCUGGGAUUGACGGAGGAAGUAUUGCGACGGUACAAUGCCACCUACCAGGGUUUGGUGGCGAUGAUUUCGGACAUCCGUACGAUCUGCCCACUGCUGACGGUCACGCAGAAGCUACCGAGCUCACAGUUUUACGUUGUGUCGCAGACGGGUGGUGAGCUUGGGAUCGCCGAUGUCGACUCGGACAUCCAGGCCAUCCUGGGACGGUACGAGCCGAAGACGCCGGAGCAGCGACGCUACGUGGCCGCUAUCCAGCAGCUGUUCUACCACUACGUGUCGCACGGUGAGAUCAAGCACGAGCUGCGGAAAAAGCUACUAGACAUCGGUCAGGACGCACUGCCGACCUACAACACCGAUAACUGCCUGUUCUGGAUCAAGAACGAUAUCGUGCCCCGGUACGCACGGUUAGAUUAAGAAGGGACGGAUGCUCCUUCCGGGGGGGUUUAGAGCGUCCAGGGGACCAACCAAAAAAACAGCAGCAGAGACUCAUCUCACAGCCGGACAACAACAACCGUACGGAACGGUGGACCGAUCGAGCAGGCAGCAGAAGUUACUAACUAGACACAGACAGCUAGGAUAAGGGAAGAGUGAGAACGAAAUGGGAAGCUAGAGACGAGAAAGUAAGGAAAUGGAUGGCAAGGAGGCAACUCAUCUGACCAGUUUUUAGUCCCUCAAACGCGCCUAUAUACAACCUUUAUACACAGACACACUUUAUAUGUACUAGGAUAUACAAAAGCUCAUUGGGCCAAACGCACUGCGAAACGGGUGAGAGGCUAAGGGCGCGCUACCUCCGCUUUUGUGAGGUGUAACAGCCAGCAUCCAGCACCGUGCCCCUAUGAUGGCGCAGUUCCCAUUCGUUUCUCGUUUGACUAUUGGCUUUCGAGGUUUUCGAUGGACCCCGUGCGCCUCUCUUGUGCGCUUUAGCUAUGUUAGGUUUUUUUGAAGAAAAGUGCGCUCUCGGCCUUCCAGUUUUGCCUGCUGAAGCCGCAUCCGGGACCUUUCAGUAGAUUUAAUGCUUUGACCCCUUAUGGCAGAGGGUCUUGUUUUAUAGACCAGGGAAUUUCCCAAACUUUUUUAUAACAUCCUCUUCCUCAAGCCGUUCCGUAGCGAAGGCAGCGACGUAUUUAUAACAGUAUUCAUAAGGGCUCAAUAUUUAACUACUCCAAAGCUACUUCUACUACAGCGGCUUUUGGCGUUUUAUGAUGGUAGCGAUCUCGAACGCAGAUUCUAUCCAUUUUACAAAAAUGCUCAGGAUGCCGAAUAGUAUUUAUACAAAUAUUCAUCACCGAUCACACCACUGUUGUCAGUCGUUUCAUGAAAGUGUUCUAUAGCCUAGAAGUUUGUCCGGAAUCGUCAUCACUCGCAACCCAUCAUCUGGAGGCUCAUAUCUUCAUACCGGACGCAUCCGUACUCGCAUCCCGUAACAUCUCUGACUGCAGCUCUCACCUUUAGUAUCGCUCGUUGAUCGUGAACCGCUUUAUGAUAUUCCUUAGUACAACGGUAACACUCCUCCGAAACAAUAGGACAUCCGACGGACGUUAAAGACUUUCACAUUCUCUCUUUCGCUCCCUCUCGGUCUCCCUUUGUGUAGGGACAAACACUUUAGACUCACUUUUCUACGCAUUAAUUUAUGUGGGCACCCCUUUAGCGAGAUUAACGAUUAAGGGAGGGACGAGUUUUAAGUAAUUAUUAAGUAAAUGCAGUAACAUAAAGAAAACGCGACGAGAAGAGCAGAGCGCAGGCGAGACAAAGUAAAAAGAAAAAGUGAAAAGAAGAAAUAAAACAGUAAAUAAAGUCGAUGAGUAAUAAGAAAGGCGAUAUUUUAACGCCAAAAACAAAAUGUGUGUGUGCGUGUGUUAGUGUGUGUAUAAGACAAGGUAGUCGUAUGUAUCGAAUUAAAACGGAAGAAGCACGCGAUUGUGAUUCUAUCAUUUAAUGCGCGAAUAGCAAAGAGAGAGAGAGAGAGAGAGAGAGAGAAGCUGGUAACUAUAAAAGCUAACAAGUGAACAAAGCUGGUAACGCAGUAAGGAAGCGUGAAGAAGAGUGGGUAGCUUUAGCAUAAAACCGAACGGAAAGAAACAAAACAGAACCGAAUGGAGAACGUGUAUUUGUUGUAAUUUAUAAUCCAUUCGCUCUAGUUUGUAAUGUAAGGCUUUUUACUACCACUUCUACUACUAGUAGUAUACUCUAGCUCUAUACCCACACGUACAAUGAUCGUAUGAUUUCUUCUGGUUCCGAGACCGUCGACUCUGCUUUCGCUGGCGCUUCAUUCGCUUCAUGGGUUGAGUUUUCUUUUCAUGUAACUUCGAUAGUGUCCCCGACAUCAUCGUCAUACGGGCUGGAAGUUCUAGCGAUCGUCAAAUAGUCAAAUCAAGCGAUCCUCCGUUAAUUUACUACGCAUAUUUCGCAUCCGAUCGUACAGCUCCCUCUCGUUCCCCCUCCACAACGGUUUAGUUCUAGGAUGUCGAGAAAGGCAGCAUUCGAUGGAGUGGGGACUGGUGGAUGCUCGCUUAAGAAGCGGCGGUAUGGCAAAGCUUGAGGCAGCAACAGAUAGGGCAACUAGGAAAAGGGCAAUCUGUAAAGUCUUAGGCUGUACUACUACCUACUACUAUUACUACCACUACUACAACUGAA